ACACACGACAUUACCGAGCCGAACCAAAGGGAAAACAGAGCACAGAGGCCAAAGCGCGCACCCCGGCCGGCGGACGAGACGGCUGACGGCGGGAGGCAAAACCCCAGCCCCCCGCAUUGCGGCCCCGAAACCCCCGAUUCCCGCCCAUUCCGAGGUCGAAUCCGCCCGAAUCUCGCCGGCGGCAGCCUCGAUCUGUGCCGGGACCGCCGCGCGCCGGCUAGGGGGGCGGGGAAUGGGGAGCAUGGACGGCGAUUCCGAGGGGCUCCAGGCAGAUGCUCGGCGUGCGGAGGUGAUCAAAUGGCUUAGUGCUUUAAUCCCAGAGUUCCGUUUGCCACUGGAUUCAUCUGAUGAAGAGCUUCGGGAGCUGAUCAGCGAUGGCACAGCUCUGUGCCAUAUUGUGAACACACUCAUCCCUGGUGUUCUUGAGGGGUUAUCUGAUGUUUACGCAUCGUCAGAGCAGCGGACAGGCAAUGUGAAGAAGUUCCUCUCAGUGGUUGCUGAUAUGGGGAUACCAGGCUUCAGCGUCAAAGAUCUUGAGGAGGGAUCAAUGUCUUCGGUGGUGGAUUGCCUCCUGGUUCUGCAGGACAAUCUGAAUCCUGCAUUAGUUGAUAAUCUAGGGAAUGUUUCAAAGACUCCUUCACGGAAAAAAUGGAGAGUUCUGGAAACUGAUGGGCCUGUAGUUGCUAGUGCAGCACAAGGGAAAACAUCCUCAGGAGAGGACAGGGGAAAUGGGCUUCCAUACCCCAAGUCUCAGCAGAAAACUCCUGUCUUUAACGGGGAGAAGCUUCGUGAGAUUUUCCAGCUAAAACGGGGAUCCUAUGCUGAUCUUCCGUCUGCCAAGAUUUCAGAGAUGAUGCAUUCGAACAGUUUAGAUGAUGCACCAACUCAGUCGCUUCUUACUGUUGUUAAUGGCAUUCUAGACGAAAGCAUUGAGAGAAAAAAAGGAGAAAUUCCACAUCGUGUAGUUUAUCUACUGAGGAAAGUAGUCCAAGAAAUCGAGCGUCGCCUCUGUAUUCAAGCAGAGUACAUUAGAAAUCAAAAUACUAUCACCAGGACAAGGGAAGAAAAGUACCGUUCAAAAAUUAAAGCACUCGAAGUAUUGGUAAAUGGCACAAAUGAAGAAAACCAGAUGAUACUUAAUCGGCUCAAGGCAGUCAAGGAAGAAAAGAUAAAUAUUGAAGAGAGAAGAAAACUCAGUGAGCAAAAUGUUAUACGGUUAAUGACAGAAAAAGAAAAUGCUGAGAACAUGGUAGGGAGCCUUAAGGAAGAAAUGGAAGAGAUGAGUAGGCUGCAUCAACAACAGCUUGAGCAGUUUGAAAUAAAGACAAUGCAAAUGAGAGAACAAUUAACCAACAGAGUUAAGGAGUUUGAGCUUUUUGUAUUUCAAUCAAACAGGAAAAUAGAAGAAGUUGAGACUGCCUCUCAGCUAAAAUCGCAGUUAUGGAACAAAAAGGAAAACAUUCUUCAGAAUUACAUGAACAGUCAACAGUUAUAUGUCAAGGAUUUAAAUUUAUCAUCACGGUUGAUCAGAAAUGACAUGUAUGCUCUUCAAAUGAAGUGGAAAGAUGAAAUGUCUAAUUUAGGGUCCAAUUUAAAAUGUAUGGUUGAUGCUGCCGAAAACUAUCACAAAGUUCUUGCUGAAAAUCAGAAGUUGUUUAACGAAAUGCAAGAAUUAAAAGGUAAUAUAAGAGUGUAUUGUCGUGUAAGACCAUUUCUUCCUGGUCAAGAUAAAAAAUCAACCACUGUUGAUUACAUUGGUGAAAGUGGUGAACUUCUGAUUUCAAAUCCAUUUAAGCAAGGAAAGGAUGGACAUCGGAUGUUCAAGUUCAACAAAGUGUUCAGCUCAUUUGCUUCUCAAGCUGACGUUUACUCAGACAUUCAACCGUUGAUUCGAUCAGUUCUAGAUGGAUUCAACGUGUGUAUUUUUGCGUAUGGCCAAACUGGUUCUGGAAAAACUUACACAAUGAGUGGACCUAGUAUGUCAAAAAAAGAUUGGGGUGUCAAUUACCGGGCUUUAAAUGAUCUAUUUGAUAUCUCACUAAGUAGGAGAAAUGUUUUCUCAUAUGAGGUUGGCGUACAAAUGGUUGAGAUAUACAAUGAACAAGUUCGUGAUCUUCUGUCCAACAAUAUUGCGCAGAAACGACUUGGGAUUUGGAACACUUCUCAACCCAAUGGACUUGUUGUACCAGAUGCAAGUUUACACCCAGUUAAGUCAACAUCAGAUGUGUUAGACUUGAUGGAAAUCGGACUAGCAAACAGAGCAGUUGGUUCAACAGCUCUAAAUGAAAGGAGCAGUCGGUCCCACAGCAUUCUAACCGUACAUGUUCGAGGAUUGGAUGUGAAGAAUGGAUCUACCUCUAGAGGGUGUCUACAUCUCAUUGAUCUUGCUGGCAGUGAACGAGUUGAGCGGUCUGAAGCAACUGGAGAUAGAUUAAAGGAGGCUCAACACAUUAACAAAUCACUCUCUGCUUUAGGCGAUGUGAUUUUUGCUUUGGCACAGAAAAAUGCCCAUGUGCCAUACAGAAACAGCAAGCUAACACAAGUUCUUCAAAGCUCUUUGGGUGGACAAGCAAAGACACUGAUGUUUGUCCAAAUAAAUCCUGAUGUUGAGUCAUAUUCAGAAACUAUAAGCACUCUAAAGUUUGCUGAAAGAGUUUCUGGAGUAGAGUUAGGUGCUGCAAGAAGUAAUAAAGAGGGAAAGGAUAUCAAAGAGCUGUUGGAACAGGUUUCAUCUUUGAAAGACACUAUUUCACGAAAAGAUAUGGAAAUUGAGCAGCUCCAACUCGUGAAAGACAAAGCUAAAUCCCCAAGUUUUGUCAUUGACAAACAUGGUGCAAGCUUGCCAAAUAAUUUUAAUUCCAACCAGACAUCGCUGGACAUAUUAAACCAACAGAGCGAACUGUCGGAUCGUCUGAGUUACGCUGAGGUGAAUGCAAAUGUUGGUCAUACUUCACCCACUGAUAUUGCACCUACGAGGUUGGAUGAAGCAGAUUAUGAUGACAAUGUAUCUGAAGAUGGCUCCUCAGUAAGAGAAACCGACUAUUCUAUUGGCAAGACGAAUAUCCUGAACUCAAACUCAGACGACACAACAAUGCAUAGAGAUAGAGUUCCAUUGCGAACUGCCAAAUACACUCUCACAAAAAAUGGGCAGUCAGCAAUGCCCAGGUCAAAACCAAGGGAUGCAGUUUUGAAGACUCCAAAUCAUACAAAGGCUCCAUCAAACCAGUUAGCAGGAGGCUCUUCAGUUCAGGCCUCUAAAAGAUGGCAGAAGUAGAACAUGUUCCAGUUGCUCGGUUGUAUUUUGUAUGCGCCUCCAAAAUAUGGUAGAAGUAGAGCACGCUCAAGCCUUCCAGGAGCUCUCCGUUGUAUUUUGUAAGCUUACUCUGACUUGAGGAGGGUGAAGGUGCGGUAGCUGUAGAGUAAUUGUAUGAUUGUAACCCAAGAAAUGUGAAACAAUCUCCCGAUAGAAGAUGAGUUUUCAAUACCUCAUCUUUUGCCUAUGUAGAUCAAACAUUGGUGGCAUACUUGGCAUGGUGUUUCCCUCUUGUA